AUGGUCCCAUACGACGAACCGAUUUAUGGCUUUUUUGGGGAGAAAGUUUCCACCCGCGGCUACAUUGACCUCCAUACCGUCUUCCGAGAUGGCACCCAAACAAAGACAAUUCCUAUACGCUUCCUUAUCGUCGAUGCACCUAAAUCUUAUAACGUACUCCUCAGCCGCCCUUCACUCAACACUCUUGGCAUUGUUGUUUCCACACCUCAUCUGGCCAUGAAGUUCUCCUCCCCAUCUGGCGACAUCCUCACCAUUCAUGGCGACCAACGCCUUGCACGCGAAUGCGACAUGGCCAGCCUACGCCCACAGCUCCCCAUCCUGCAAACCAAUCAUAUUGAACGACCACCCGGCUCUAAGAUCGCCUUGUCUGGUGAUGAUCUAGAUCCCAAAGUGGGUCGGGAUGUCCGCCUUGAACCUGUUCAAGAAACCACCCCAUGGAGCGGCCUAAUGGCCGCACCAUCAAACUCGAAGCCCACUAUACCACUUGGCUCUCUAACGUGGUCCUGGUCAAGAAAGCCAACGGCUAAUGGCGGAUGUGUGUUUAUUACACGAAUCUUAACAAAGUCUGUCCCAGAGAUUUCCUACCCCUUAUCCAAUAUUGACCGACUUGUCAAUGAUGCAACCGGUAACAAGGUCCUCAGUUUUCUUGAUGCAUACUCCAAUUAUAACCAAAUUCUCAUGGCCGCAUCUGACAUAAACAAAAUCGCCUUUAUCAUAGACGACGCCAAUUACUUCUACAAGAUCAUGCCAUUUGGUUUUAAAAACGCAGGAGCAACCUACCAACGACUGAUGGACAAUGUCUUCAGUCAUUUAAUGGGCAAAUUUGUCGAAGUAUACGUUGACGACAUGGUUGUCAAAUUCUCAAGCCAUCACCAGCACGCUCAGAACCUAUCAGCAGUCUUUUCCGCAUUACGACAAUACAAUCUCCGCCUCAACCCCGACAAAUGCGUUUUCGGCGUCGACCGCGGUAAAUUCCUUGGAUUCAUGCUGACACCGCGUGGCAUAAAGGCUAAUCCUGAAAAGUGCAACGCGAUCAUUGAAAUGCGAAGCCCCACUAGUGUCAAAGAAGUACAACGCCUCAUAGGCCGCCUCACUGCCAUCUCCCGCUUCCUUCCCAAACUAGCCGAACAAAUCCAACCCAUCAUUCAGCUGCUCAAAAAAUCCGCCAAGUUCACGUGGAAUGAUGAUUGUGAACAAGUAUUUCAAAAGCUAAAAACCACACUCACCUCAUUGUCCAUCCUUCAUAAACCGGAUACUCAUCAACCCUUACUGGUCUACAUCACCACCACCGAUCACACUGUAAGCGCCGCACUGGUCCACGAUGUCGGCGGCACCCAACAUCCUAUUUACUUCGUGAUGAGUGCCCGACUACCCGAUCCAGAAGAUAUUGAAGAAACCAGACCUUGCGGGGUGGAUGUCUUCCUGGGCCGUCGAGUUAUCCGAAUUCAACAUCCGCUACGAACCCCACGACCCCAUCAAAGCUCAAUGCCUUCUGACGAGGACCAAUGGACAAUUUAUGUUGAUGGUUCGUCAAACCCAGAGGGGGCAGGUGCCGGCAUUGUACUAGAAGGCCCCAACGACAUCCUCAUCGAAAAAUCCCUCCAUUUCGCCUUUAAGACGUAUACCAACCAAGUCGGCUUAUCCCUGGCCCGCGAGGUUGGUGUCAAGUCACUAACAUGCAAAACCGAUUCCAAACUUACCGUCGGCCAUUUAAAUGACAAGUUCCAGAUCAAAGACCCUACCCUCCUACAAUACUACCAUCUGGUCCAGAAAGUCGUCCAGUCCGCCUUCAAACAAGUCCGCAUCCAACAAAUUCUCAGGUUCGAAAACGUCAGAGCCGACAUAUUAUCCAAACUAGCCAGCACCAAGUUAAAAAGCCGCCAGCGAUCACCAUUGCAACAAACACUGUCCGCCUCUUCCAUCACAAAUACUUGCCAUACCCUAACCCAACACCAAGCCGACAAUUGGGCAACUCCUUACAUCCAAUACCUCCAAACCGGUAACCCUCCACCUAACGCUGACAAAACUUGGAUAACUAAAGUCGCUAGGUACACGAUGAUAGGCGAUGACUUGUACAAACGCGGAUACGACCAACCACUUCUCAAAUGCGUCACUGCAGAACAAGCUCAGUACAUUAUUAAAGAAUUACAUGAAGGCAUAUGCAGCUAUCAUUCCAGCUCACACACCAUGACUACCAGAAUCCUUCGCGCCAGUUACUUCUGGCUGACCAUGGAGACAGACUGCCAAGACUUCGUCAAAAAAUGCAUACCAUGCCAGAAACAUGGCAACCUUAUCCAUCAGAAAUAG